AUGGCAGAAGCCAUGAGGUCUCUCGGGCUGUAUGCAGGUGUUGCGGCACUGUUGGCAGUGUGCCACGGUUGUUCAACGGGACGAGACUUCAUUGCAACAUUUCUUCCAAACUACUACACGAACAACCAAAGGCUCCAAUUAGUUCUCACGGCCAGAGAAUCAGAAGCCAAGGUCCUCAUUGAGGUUGGUUCCCUGAAGUUCUCCAAAGUGCUGACUCUGUCUCCAGGGGAAACCCGCUGGGUGUCUGUCCCACCAGGAGCACAGCUCCAGCAGCCCCAGAACCCUCCACACUCAGCGGUUCACAUCUCCUCCACUGCCCAUAUCUCUGUGGUCGCCUUCAACCAACAAACCUACACCAGCGACGGCGCAGUGAUCACCCCUACAGACCAGCUGGGUGUGGAAUACAGGGUGUUCACCCCAGCCGGAGGCCCUUUGGAAAAGCAACUGGCUGUCGUCAAUGGCAACAGUCCCAACAAGGUCACUUUCCGGCCAACACAGAACGUGCAGGCCAAAGGGUUGGGUUUAUGGAAUGGCGGGAGGGAAACCACAAUUGCCUUGAAACCCUAUCAAACCUUCCUGGUUCAAAGCCUUUCCACUCUGACAGGCAUGCAGAUUAAAUCACAGAAGCCUAUGGCGGUAUUUUCGGGGCACAGGUGUUAUGGUUCACCUUGUGACCACUUGUACAAACAACUACCACCGGUGAGCCAGCUGGGUACAGAAUACAUGGUGCCCCCUGGCAUGAAAAGUCCGGCGCAAUCCUCGGUUUCAAUCAUUACAACUGAGGACAACACAGAGGUGUCUGUGGACAAUGGGAAAGUCACAGCGAAAAGCAAACUGAAGAAAGCUGGGGAGGCAAUUUCGGAGUGGGUCACGCCCAACCAACCAUUGUUGGUGACGGGCAACAAGAAGCUGCUGGUGGUAUUCCUGAGCACCAAUAAACCCCAUGACGCCAUCAUGCUAGUGCUGCGUUCUUCAGACAGGCUUGCUAGUGCCUGGUCACUGGAGACCGUGGAUAAGAUGAGUAGCACCGCAGUAAUCCUCUCAGAGCGGGAGGGUCGCGACAGUGUCAAGGUGUGCAUGAAGUCCAGUUGUAGCUCUCCCAUGUGGAGUAAGCACCAGGCAGGAGCCAAGUGGGUCUGGGCAAAGAUGGCCCUAGGGAAAGAGCAGAACCAUGUGACAGUGGACGGGGAUUCUGGCAUGGUAGUGUACGUCUACGGGGGAGAGCAUCGCAAAGGAUAUGCAACCGCUGGAGUUUGUUCUGAGGCCCUCCCCCCUGUUGCACCCCCCCUAGAUCCUUGUGACGGGGUCUCAUGCCGAGAGAAGGAAGUUUGUGCAAAGGGUUCAUGUGUCCAUGUCUCCACGGCAACAUGCCAGGCGUUAGGUGACCCCCACUACAAGACUUUUGAUGGCCGUUGUUUCGACUUCCAGGUAUGGGGCGACUUACAGUAUCAGUAUGUAUCGAUACUUUAUUCAUUAUUGUCGGGCGGCAAGUGGCUCAGGAGGUGGAGCAGGGAAUCUGGCAACCGGAAGGGCACCUGCACCUACAUUAUGACAACAGUCGCUAAAGCAAACAAAGACCUGACGCCCUUCACUGUUACAACCAAGAACGAUCAUCGUGGUAACCGUAGGGUGUCCUUUGUGAGGACCGUGGUCGUCAAUGUCUACGACAUGAAUGUAAUCAUAAGCAGACACAGAGGACGAGUCCAGGUGAAUGGAGAGCUAGUCAACCUACCAGUGAGUUUGUCUGGCGGUCGAGUCUCAGUGAAACAGCGCGGACAAUAUGCCGUGCUCACCACGGACUUCGGCCUGACCGUCAGAUACAACUGGAACAUGAGACUGUACAUCUCAGUGCCCUCGUCCUACUACAAGCAUCUCGGGGGCCUUUGUGGGAACUACAAUGGGGACAGAAUUGACGACCUGCCAGCACCAGGGGGUAAGCAACGAGGAUAA